UCACUGCAUGUUAAAGGGUAAAAAAAAAUGCAGACAAAAAAUUUUUUCUUUACAAUCAUGUUAUAUUGCUUUAAUGCAAUACAGUUAUCGGAAUCUUCGGCACAAUUGAAGAUUCAUCUUGAAACAUUUAAAGUAUCCUACCCUAAAAUUUUGAUGCUAAUCAAAGAACGAGAGUUUGAGAUAUGUUUUGGUGCUGAAUUGCUUGACUGUUUUAUAUCAAAAAUUUUUAUUUUUGAUAAAACAAACACGAUUCAUUUUCCUAAGACUUUAUCAGGUGUUGUGAAUAAUCCAUUACUUUUAAAAUUGCCAUCAUCAAAGGUUAAUGUGAGCUUAAGUAUAAAGCCAAAUCUUUUUUGGCAUGAAGAAGUUUCAACAAAUUUUUGUUUUAAUUCUGUCGGUAUGAAAAACUUCACUGCAACUAAUAUUCUAACAUCCACAUUAUCUUUUACAGUAAGUUUAAAUUGCGAUGACAAUUUUAAACCUCCUGAUUGUGUUAAAAAAAUCUGUGAUGAGCACGAUGAUGAUAUAAACGGACACUACACAUGCAGUAAAAACGGAACUAUUAUAUGUAGAGACGGUUGGAUUGACCCGUUAACAAUGUGUCGUACAGUUUCUAUGCUUCCACAAAUUUCAAGGGUUGGUUGUUAUAACGACUUUGGAAUUAUUGCUGGAAUGCGACUGUUUACAACGCUUGUUAACUACCGUUCUUUUGUUAACUGGAAUAACCGAAGCGGUAGCUUCAAAAAUAUAACUGAGUUAUGUUCAUCGUUUGUUAAAGAUAACAGUUUUGAAUACUUUGGUAUUUCAUACUGGGGAGAAUGUUGGACUGGCUCAACACUUGAUAUCAACUAUGAUCGAGAUGGUGGAUCCUUUGGCUGUUGGCCGAGCCAAAACGCAAACUUAGGACCAAUGCUUGUUGGUAAAGAAGCAACAAUUAUGGUUUAUAAAUGGAAUUAUGAAUCGACAAAAUAGUUUGUUGAUAAUAGUAUAUAAGCAUUGUUGUGUAAAGAUAUAUUUUAUUCUGUUAUUCACAUAAUAUAGAUAUGUAAAAUUUUUGCUUUUUAA